CAUUGCGCCAAGCCUUGAGAUGGUCAGCAACGACAUCUGAGGAAAUCGAAACUCCAAAACAGCAUCUAAAAGCAAUUGCCCCAGCAAUUGGGUUGUCAGGAUGUCCAACACCGAUCAGAAGCCUUAUGUACCAACCAAGAAGGUUCAAGCCGAUUUUCCUGUAAGUUUCCUGCUUGAUCCAUCGCCAGUUGUGAUGCGCAAAAGCUAAUCCCUUCAUAGCUCAUCGACAGUGACCCGUAAGCUCCCCUCUACGAACACGAAUGACCGAUGGAAGAACAUUACUAAUUAGGGCUCAGACAUAUCAAAAGAGUUCUCAAAUAUGCGCGAACUUCGGAUUAUGCUGUAGGAGCUGCGGCCGCGGCGGCGGGGCCAGCAGCUAUGCUGGUGAUGGAGAAAGUAUCACCAUCCUUGGUGGGCAGAGGAGGAUUCGCGCCAAUCAUGCGAUUGACAGGUGUGAUCGGAGCUAGUGCCGGGUUCUUGCUGAUGUACCAGAGGUCUAUAUGUGCGUACACAACUACUCGAACCCCUCUUUUUAGCAACGAUUUCACUCUCCCUGGGCACCUAAAGAUCCAACCAGAGGCACAAGCUAACUUUCUCCAGUGCGAUUCUAUGGCUGGACAGAGAACAAAAGAGAAGUCGAUAUGGACAUGCGAGAAAUGGUUUCCAAAGUUAAAGCCGGCGAGCCCCUCUAUGGCACAUCAAGCCUCACUCCAUACAUGCAAGGAGUCGCAAGCAGAAACUCAAGAUAUACGGGAAUUUUCUUGCACGUCAUUCCUUGGUUCAACUUUGUGAACCACGAUCAACAUGGUGUUGACACAGCAAAGUACUAUCAACAAGCGGAGAAGGAGUUGGCUGCUGAGGGCAAGUGAGGGGACGGCAAGAUUAAAAGGAUUGAAAUCGAGGGCUGUACGUAGUGGGAAUUGGUGUGAUUUGUAUGGAUUGGCGUACUCUGAAUUAGGCCCUUUACCUAGAGCUCAUCCGAUACCAGAAUUUUCUAGGUGAGAGGUGUGGUACGUGGGAAGCUCAGAUGCUUAGAGGCUCAAUGGUCUGCACUCCAAUAAUUCCGUACCUCAAUUUGACG